GAGAAAGUUCAUACUCAAAAUUUUAGGGGUAUUUCACACCUAAUUCACCCGCUUUUACGCCUACGGAUUUUUCUUUUAAAUUGUACAACCAACGCAACUUGUGCCAAGAUGAUUGACACAGUGACAGGACCCGGAGCAUUGCCUUUUGCAGUCCAGCUGAAGGCCUUGACAGAUCUGGAAGGCCGCUACCAGCCAAAGCUCAGCGGUCUGAGGCUCAUUGAGAGCGCGUCGGAUAAUGGACUGAGGAUGACCAGCAGACUGCGGGAGCUGGAAGUGAAAGACCUGCUGACUCUAAGCAGGUUCUUCGGGUUCAGCUCUGAAACGUUCUCUUUGGCCGUCAGCCUGCUCGACCGCUUCCUCUCUGUCAUGAAGAUUCAACCAAAGCACCUGUCUUGCGUGGGUCUCUGCUGCUUUUACAUUGCUGUGAAGUCCUCCGAAGAGAAUAACAUCCCCCUUGCCAACGACCUGAUCCGCAUCAGUCAGAACCGCUUCACGGUGUCUGACAUGAUGCGUAUGGAGAAGAUUAUUAUGGAGAAACUCAACUGGAAGGUGAAAUCCCCCACUGCCCUGCGCUUCCUCCGCCUCUUUCACAACUACGUACAGGAGCAGCUUGGUGCAGACAGUGAGAAGAAACUGAGCCUUGAGAGACUGGAGGCGCAAUUGAAAGCUUGUCAUUGCUCCUUCGUCUUCUCCAAAAUGAAGCCAUCUCUGCUUGCCAUUGCUCUCCUGUGUCUUGAGGUGGACGACCAACCUGACCCAGAGGAAAGGGACCAACUCUCGGAGGCCUUGGACAGUCUGCAGAAGCUAUUAACUAUCAGAGAUGGCGACCUUGCGUAUGUGCGCGUGUUGGUGGGCAAAUGCCUGGCUGAAUAUGCCACCGCCAAGUGCUCUAGGCCCAACGGCCAGAGACUUCGCUGGACCAUUUCGGGAAGAACCGCUCGCCAGCUGAAGCACAGCUACUACAAGAUCACUCACCUUCCCACCAUACCCGAAUCGGCUUGUUAAACUCUUAGCCGCCUUCUUGUUCCCUGACCCAAAUUUCUUUUUUCCGUGAUUGGCUGUAACUUGUCAGGUGAUUCGGCUCACUCAUUUUUUACUUAAAGAUCCUCAUCUGUGAGAUGGUGUUCUUCAAGUAAAAAGGCUUUUCUCUCCAAAUAACAGGAAGUAGGAAACCACCCACUACUCUUCUGCUCAGUUUUUCUUCCGAGGGUGUGCGAGUGCGAGUAUGUUCUUGCUUUGAAUCCGUACCACGGUGUUUGGUAUUUCCUGGAACGGGUUCCUGUUUUAAGCUAAGUAUUGAACCACCUAGGUCCUCAGUCCACCAUGUGGAAGAGGAGGGAGAAGGAUUUUGUGAAACAAAAAUAUGGAACCAAGAAAUCGGGCCCAAAAUCCUUAACUUCCACCCUAGGUUGCUAAACUGUCUUGAAUGCACACUCCUACCCAAGGUGAUAUUUUUUUGUAAUAAAGCAUGUUGAAGGUAUUAAUGCAGCAGUCAUCAGUGGUUACGGAUGAGUUGUUUUUGCCAUUUGAUGGAUUUAUUGGCACAGUGUGAAGUGCCAUAUGUUCUUUCUGGUUUCAGUUGGGAGCACAAUGGUACCUUUUUGGUCGAAAAUGUGAUUUGGAAUUUGCAUUGCAGUAACCUUUGCUGUUUGUGUUGUAUGACAAGUAUUGCUAUUGGUUCCAAAAUGCAUUUCAAAAGGACCGUCUACAAAUGGACUUGUACCUUUCAAUAAACUUUAUUAAAAA